AUGGCUCCGACUUUGGUGGUCUCCACAGCUGCACCAGAGGAGACAGGAGGUGCUAGCGAGGGAUUAGAAACGGCGGCGUGCGGCUCGGCAGCUCCGCCCCGGUGCGGCGAAGAGCCCGGCUGUCAGAGCGGGAGGGCGGCGCGACGCAGGACGGUGAAGGCAGGAGAGCCGGUGUGUGCGGGUGGCGGAGAGGAACCGGUGUUUGCUCAGCCCGUGACUGGACCGUGGGCAGCGAUGGACGUGCGUUGGGGUCCAGCGGUGCGUCUGGUGGUGCUGGUGCGGACGUGGGCGCUGGUGUCGGGGCAGGUGCGGUACUCGGUGCCGGAGGAAGCGAAGGUCGGGACGGUGGUGGGGGGGCUGCCGCAGGAGCUGGGUGUGGAGGCGGGCGAUGCGGAGGCGCGGCGGCUGCGUGUGGUGUGGCAGGGCCGGCGGGCGAGCGUGGAGGUGAGCGGGGCGAGCGGGGCGCUGGUGGUGAGCUCGCGGCUGGACCGGGAGGAGCUGUGCGGCAAGAGCGCUCCCUGCUCCCUGCGUCUGGAGCUGCUGCUGGAGCGGCCGCUGCGCGUCUUCCAUGUGGAGCUGGAGGUGACCGACAUUAACGACAACGCCCCGCUCUUCCCCGCCGCACGGAAAAACAUCAGCAUCGCGGAAUUAACCACGGUGCCGGGUUCACGUUUCCCACUGGAGGGCGCGUCGGAUGCAGAUAUCGGAGCGAACGCACAGCUCUCCUACACCCUCAGCCCCAGCGAGCACUUCAGACUGGAAGUGAAAAACAAAGAUGAAAAUAAAAACUCUAUAGUUCUUAUAUUAACGAAACCGCUGGACCGGGAGACGGUGCCUGUGCACCGGUUGGUGGUGACGGCGAGUGACGGGGGACGACCAUCUCUGACCGGCACUAUGGAGCUGGUGAUCACGGUGCUGGAUGCCAAUGACAACGCCCCGCAGUUCAACCAGUCGGUGUAUAAGGUGCAGCUGCCGGAGAACGCCGCUCCGGGAACUGUGUUUUUCCAGCAAACAGCAACAGAUGAGGAUGAAGGAAUUAAUCGCGAGAUACAUUAUUCCUUCAGCGACUCAGUUCCGGCCAGGGUUCAGAACCUUUUCAUAAUUGACCCAAAAUCCGGAGAAAUACGAACUGCCGGGGAACUGGAUUAUGAGGAUGUUCAUUCGUAUGACCUCGAAGUCGAAGCGAGAGACAAAGGGGCACCUCCCCUGUCCGGUCACUGCAGCGUGGAGCUGGAGGUGCUGGACGUGAACGACAACGCGCCCGAGGUGUGGGUGACGUCACUGUCGGUACCGGUGCCAGAGGACGCGUCGGUGGGGACGGUGGUGGCGCUGCUGAGCGUGUCGGACCGGGACUCGGGGGCGAACGGGCGAGUGCAGUGCUCGGUGUGGCCGACGUCGCCGUUCGGUCUGGAGUCGAGGUUCGCGGGGUCGUACUCGCUGGUGGUGCGUGAGGCGCUGGACCGGGAGCGGGUGUCAGAGUACGAGGUGGAGGUGCGGGCGGAGGACGGCGGGAAGCCGUCGCUGCGUGCGAGGCGCGGUGUGCGUGUGCCGGUGUCUGACGUGAACGACAACGCGCCGUCGUUCUCGCAGGCCGUGUACACGGUGCUGGCGCGGGAGAACAACGCGGCGGGCGCGGAGCUGGCGCGGCUGUGGGCGCGGGACCCGGACGAGGCGGACAACGGUCGCGUGAGCUACUCGUUGUGGGAGGGCGUCGCCGGGGCCCCGUGGUCAGGCGGCGGGUGGCGUCCGGCGUCGAGCUACGUGUCGGUGGACGCGGAGAGCGGUCGCCUGUGGGCGGUGCAGCCGUUGGACUACGAGGAGCUGCAGGUGCUGCAGUUCGAGGUGCGAGCGGUGGACGCGGGGGAGCCGCCGCUGGUCGGCAACGCGACGGUGCAGCUGUUCGUGGUGGACGAGAACGACAACGCGCCGGCGCUGCUGCCGACCGCGGGCGGCGGUGCGGGGCUGGUUCCGUUUGCGGGUGGCGUGGGCGGGUCGUCGGUAGAGGGGGCGUCGGGAUCGGAGUCGGAGACGCUGUGGGCGUGGGCGGCGUGGGGGUCUCCGGCAGGGCAGGUGGUGGCGAAGAUCCGUGCGGUGGACGCGGACUCCGGCUACAACGCGUGGCUGCGGUACGAGGUGUGGGAGCCUCGUGGGAAGGGCCUGUUCCGCGUGGGGCUGUACAGCGGCGAGGUGAGCACGGCGCGGGCGCUGGAGGAGGCGGACGGCCCGCGGCAGAGACUGGUGAUCGUGGUGCGGGACCACGGCGAGCCGUCGCGCUCGGCCACGGCCACGCUGAGCGUGUCGCUGGUGGAGGGCGGCGAGGCGGCGCUGGCGGCGGCGGGGUCGUCGUCUUCGUCGGUGUCGGGUGUGGUGUUGCCGGUGGAGGGCGGUGUGGCGGCGGGCGCGGCUUCGGCGUCGGCCAACGUGUGGCUGGUGGUGGCGAUCUGCGCAGUGUCGAGCCUGCUGGUGCUGGCGCUGGUGCUGUACGGGGCGGCGCGGUGGGCGCCGCGGGCGGCCGUGCUGUCGGGGCCGGCUCCGGCGACGCUGGUGUGCGCCAGCGAAGUGGGCAGCUGGUCGUACUCGCAGCGGCAGAGCCGGAGCCUGUGCGUGGCGGAGGGCGCGGCCAAGAGCGACCUGAUGGUUUUCAGCCCCAACUUACCGCCGCCGCCUCCUCCCGGCCCCGCGUCCAAGGACACUUCACAGCCGGAGCCUUCCGCUCUGCUGAACACGGUCAGUAGUCCUCGCUUUCUCGCCUCUCGACCCACCCUUCCUUCCUUCCUUUCUUGCGUUCCUACCGGGACCCUAGGGCUCUUGAUUUUAAUGAGUGGGAAAUUACAUUAUUUUCUCAUCCAGUAG